AUGGGACUCUUCAGAAAGUCCAGCAACGCAUCCACGGGUGCUGGCCAUCUACACGCGCCAGACACGAAGCUUACCAAGGAAGACCGCGAGCACUUCAAGCUCAGAGCCUCCUCGGUGCACGACCCCGUUCUUGAGGCCGUGCAGGAGGCCCAGCCCUUCGAGCAGGCCGCGGACGUGUCGCAGGACGAUCCGAACCGCAAGUCGUACUAUUCCGGCGAUGGCCCCGACCAUCUAACGCGCGACGUCUUCGGGCAGCCCAUUCAGCAGCCCGACAUCUCGAACCCCAUGCGCGCGCGUGACGAGCGUCCGCUUGACACCAUUCGCGGAUUUGAGUACUCCAUUUCUGGCGACCCAUCCUGGGGUCAGCGUCUCGAGACGCACCAGUAUGGCUUCCGCGUAAGGCCCGACUUUCCACAGUUUGGCAACUCGGGCGACGCAAUGGCCGCCAGUGGCCCUGGCGGUAUGCCCUCCUCGCAAUUUAUGAUGCAGGAGCAAGCUAUCUACUCGGCGCCGGCGCCGGGCUCCGCUUUGAAUCCUUCCAAAAAGAAGAAGAAGCGUGGCCUGUUUGGCCGCAAGAAAGACACCGCUGAAUAG